AUGUUCCCCAGUAUACCACUAAUUUUCCAGCAAAAGCUGGCGAAUCAUACACCCAAACCGCCAAAAAAUAGACAUCGUAUGCAGCAAAGAAGGUAUAAUCCGUAUGAAAAACGGACAGGAUUCAGGGCGACAAACGGGACAAGUCGUGGUACCUUCAAAAGAUUCGCACCAAGACAAGAUCAAUUUCAAAGGGGAGGAGUGGGCAGAGGUUCCAGAUAUUCAGAACAGUACACGUGGCAAGGAUUUCAGAGCUCAGAGAUGGCAGCAAAUAAUCAUAUCCCUAUCCUCCAUGCUUUUAACAUCUCACCUCCGAAACCAAUUGAAACAAUUCGAUUAACUGACGUCCCGUCAACCUCAACUGUCCCAACUGUACAGUCAGAUCAUCCCGGAUCAGCCAAUAUAUGUUCUAGUUGGUUGGCAAAGAAUCAAUGUCUGACACGUCAUAAGAAAGUGGAGGAGAUAGUCGUAGAUGAGAGAAACAAUCUGACUGUGGUAGAAGAUGUUGCCGACGAUGAUUCAGAUAUCGUAAUAUUAGAGGAGCCAAAAGACAAAGAAGAGAAAGAGGAUUUGAAAAAUAGGAAAAUUGAAAAGAAGAAGAAGAAGAAAAAGAGAACAUUAUCCACGUUGACAGCAUCAUCCGACGACAGCAUUGUGAUUAUUGGGGAGUAUUCUUCAACAGCUCAAAAUAAUACUACAAUGACGCAGUUGGAGACUAAAAUGGCGGAAACCUUUUGGUCCAACAAUUCUGCAUCAUCUUCAAAUCUAAUUCAACAACCAGCGACAACAUUCGUCGCUAGUUCAUUGUCCAAUAUCUCACCGAAUCGUUCGUUAUGUAAAAUUCUCGAUGGAUUUUCCAAGGAUUGCACAGCGGCUAAACGAGCGGCUCGUCGAUGGAAUAACGUGAGAUCCCUCACUCAAAUCGUCAAAAAUCCGGCAAUCAAAACAUCACAAUUCACGAUUUGUUCGUAUAAUGUAUUAUGCCAAAAGACAAUAGCGAGAACUAGUUAUUUGUAUCGACAUUUGAAAAGUUGUGAAAAUUUUUUGGAAUGGAAUCAUCGGUGGAAAGGUCUUCAAGAAGAAUUACCGACAUUUGAUGCUGAUGUAUUGGGACUUCAAGAAGUUCAAGUCGAUCAUUUCGAAGAACAUUUCGAACCAUUUAUGAGAAAACACGGCUACGAAGGAAUAUAUAAGCAGAAAUACGGAACUGAACAGAAAGACGACGGAUGUGCCAUCUUUUAUCGUCCCGAGAAGUUCGAACGUGUUGGUUAUCAAGAAGUGAACUAUUUCAUAUCACCGAAUUCCAUUUCAAAUCGAGAAAACAUUGGUCAAAUUCUGGCUCUUAGGUGUCGAAUUACGGGAGAAAUCAUCCUGGUUGCAAACACUCAUUUGUUGUUCAAUGAAGAACGUGGAGAUGUCAAAUUGGCUCAAUUGGCAAUUCUAUUUGCCUCGAUAUACAAGAUGAGAUCAGAUAUCGGACUUUCUACUCAAUUCAAAAAUUCAAUACCGCCUGUAUUGGUAAUGGGAGAUUUCAAUAUGGAACCGAACUCGAAGAUAUACGAUUUUAUUGUGAAUGGAAAACUGUUCAUCGAAGGAGAAUCAAUACGAACAAUGAGCGGACAAAGCAUUCGACCCGGCGGAAAAAAGUGUGAAUCAGCUAAACUGCUGUUUGAAACUACCGUAGGACUGAAUUCAAUGUUUACCCCAAGUGGAAGUUCCGGCCGACUUCCCGUACUCGAUGGCUAUAUUCGUCACCCGUUUCAAUUCUUCUCCGCUUACCAUCAAGGACUGACGACGAGUCCUCACCAAACCAGAAAGAUUUCAACGUAUCACAAGGAUGCAGCAGCUCCAGAUUUCAUCUUCUUUACAAAAGAAAACACAAAAUCGGGAGACGACAAGCUUCAACUUCUUGAAUGCUUCGAUCUGCCUACAUACGACACCCUAACCUCCGCAGUUCCAUGGCCAAACCGGCACGUACCUAGUGAUCAUUUACCGAUAAUGGCGAAAUUCGAAUUGACCAAAGCCACUUUAUAA